AGCAAGCUCACGAGAUCAACUUACACACCUAGAAUAUACUCUCUUUACUCCUUCAAUGACUUUAUGACCCCUUAUUAAUAUUGUUUGCCCGGACAAGUUUCUAGGAUUUUGGCAAGAUGGACGAUUUGAACGGCCUAGACUGGUCUGCGAGUUCGCAACCCACGAUCAACAAAGCACCAGCUGGCACUGGCAAUUACUACCCCUCAUUGCGCCCAACUCCUCCCCUUCAGACAUCGAGGCAGAACACCCCUCUAUCUAUAUCUGGCCAAAGCUCCGCUGUGCUGAAGUCCUCUCCUGCGCCCCCCAAAUCGUCCACCCCAGACAGCUUCUCGAACCUCGUGUCCUUCGGCUCCUCCAAAACUCAGACCUUAACGCUACAGGAGCAACAAGAGAAGCUGCAAGCGGAGAAGAAAAAGAAAGAAGAGGAGAAGCGAAAGCAAUACGAGGCGCAAUUUGGGAACUCGCAGUUCUGGGAUGGUUUGGGGAAUGGAGGGCAAAGUCAAGCCGCGACAUCAACGAUAACCUCCCGUAGCAGCACUCCAGCAACCAACCCUCUACGCUCCAAUUUUGCAGGACCUGCAUCUCCACCCGCAAAUGGCUCCAAUGGCGCAGAUGACGACUUGUUUGCGGCGUUCAAUGCGGACACAAAGGUCGACAAAUCAAGCUACUAUCCACCCCCUUCGAUCAGCAGCAGCAGCGAUAACACGCCGGGUUUGGGGGAAAACAAGGGUCCGGAUUUGAGUAAGCCACAGGCUUGGGAACAACCGUUAGGGUCACUUGGGGCAACAGAUUUUGGGGAUGAUGAUGACCCAUUUGGGUUGAAUCAAAUGAAGACCCAGAGUUCUACGCCUGCGCCAAUAACGACAGCAGAUGAUGAUGACUUCUUGGGAGAUCUGGGAAAGCCCGUAGAAGAAGUCAGACGGCCUAGCCCUGGUAUGAAGGAACCAUCUCCAAGGCCGGAGCCCGAAUCAAUUGAUCCGUGGGAUAAAGCGGUAGCCGAGCUCGUAGACAUGGGCUUCUCGGCUGAACAAUCACGACGAGCUUUGACUGAAAGUGGUGCUGGUCUUGAUGUUCAAGCUGCUGUUGGUUGGAUUCUGAAUGACGCUCAUAGGCAGGCAAAGCAAAAGCAGCAAGGCCGAGAUUCAAGUCGAAAUGAUGGGCCAUCAAAUGGGGAGCGGAGAGAAGUGUCACGGGAUACAUCGAGGAUGGAGAACACUCCCGCGUGGAUGCGAGAAGAAAGGCGUGACAGUUCACAGUCUUCUCGUCGGUCAGACAAUCGGUCCCCGGCUAACGGGGAGGUGGAUUUCUCCAAAGCCGCAGCUGUUGUUGGUAGUAAUUUCCUGAAAACGGCAAACUCUCUAUGGAAGACAUCACAAAAGAAAGUGCAGAAGGCCGUUGCAGACUUUCAGCACGAAAUGGAUCCCAGUCAACCAAAAUGGAUGCGUGAUGCUCUUGAGCAGGAGCAGGCGUCGCGGAAUAGAGAAAGACAACAAGCUGCUGCUGCGGAAGUCACAGAUGAGGCUCUUAUGUUGGAGGGUGGUGGUCGACCCCCUCCAAGGAAAGCAAAAGCAUCCGAGCCAGCAUUUUCCUCCCCAAAUACAUCACGUGACCAAUCUCCUAGCCUCCCCAGACCUCCACCUGAAAGAUCAACGUCUACCCCGCGAUGGCAGCAGACUGGUCCAUCAGAUCCAAGGUCAAGACUAAGCAAGCAAGCAAUUGAAGAACAGUCAGCCCAAGCAUAUGUCAGCCCCGCGCGACGAAAGAAAGUUACUCCUCAACCUCAGCAAGCACCCGAAUCAGAUCUCCUAUCCGCCUCAUCCCAAGCAAAACAGCCGUCUCGACCGACAUCCGCACAGACAGCUUCCCGUCCAAUCCCGCGAACCACUCCCGCUACAUCAAAACCAUCAACGCCAAUCCCAAUUAGACCAAAGGCACCACCCCGAAACAUUCCAUCUCUCUCCUCCAUCGCCCUCCAAUCCUCAACCCAACACCGCCUUGCAGGAACUAGCCACUUCAAACGAGGUGACUAUGCUGCGGCUCACCAGUCCUACACCACUUCUCUCUCCUCCCUCCCGGAAUCCCACCCCAUAACCAUAGUUCUGCUCUGUAACCGGGCUCUUACAUCCCUCAAGACUGGUGUACCUCGUGAAGCGGUCGCCGAUGCCGACGCUGCUCUAAAGUUGAUUGGUCCCUCACAUGGUGAUGAUGAGACUAUAGAUUUAGGGCCCGGCGAGGGAGGUGGAAAGAAAGAGAUGAAGGAGUUCUGGGGGAAGGCACUGAUGCGUAAAGCGGAAGCACUAGAGCAGAUGGAGAAGUGGCGGGAAGCAGGUGAGGUAUGGAGAACCUGUGUAGAAGGUGGAGUAGGGGGCGCAACCGCCAUCCAAGGCCGUACGCGAUGCGAGAAAGCACUCGCUCCUAAGCCGCCUCCCUCCGCUCCCAAGACUAUCACCCCGAGACCGACGCCCAAACCGAGGUCAGCACUCCAAGAUCUCGGCCCUGCAGGAGGUGAUUCUGCAGCGGUAGAAAGGCUCCGGGCAGCAAACAAGGCGGCCGAAAAAGCCGACGACGAGAAAUUCGCCCUGACGGACAAAGUAGAUGAGAAGAUCUCCCGCUGGCGCGAUGGGAAGAGGGAUAAUCUACGGGCGCUGAUCGGCAGUCUCGAUAUGGUGAUGUGGGAGGGCAGCUCGUGGAAGAAGGUUGGCAUGCACGAACUGGUAACGAAUGGGAAGGUGAAGAUCAACUACAUGAAAGCCAUUGCCAAGUGCCAUCCCGAUAAGUUGCCGCAAGAUGCGAGUACAGAGACGAAGCUCAUUGCAGCGACGGUGUUUAGCACGCUGAAUGAGAGUUGGGACAAGUUCAAGGAGCAAAAUGGGAUGUAGUGAUCCUUGUUUUAUAAUCUUGGUUAGUAGUUCUGCGUAGAAUAGAUGUCAAAUAGCAGGAUCAAUUACCGGGUUACAGAACACGUUCCCCUGAUUACUAACUGAUCCUUGAUUAAUAUAUAGGG